AUGGGUUGUUUAAAAUCUGCUCUUGCUGGAAAUAUUAAUGCAGUAAAUAUUAUCGGGUAUGGUUAUGAUAAAGGUAUAGGUGUUGGAGUGGAUAGAAAAGAAGCUUUUAAAUGGUAUUUUGAAGGAUCAAGUGAAACAUUUAAAUGGUAUGAAAAAUCUGCUGAAAAUGAAUGUGUUUAUGGCCAAUAUAUGCAUGGAGAAUACAUUUAUGAAGGACGUGGAACUUGUAAAGAUAUUAUAAAAGCUAUCUGCUAUUGA